AUGCCAAAUACCUCCCUGCGCCGCCCCCAGAAGGGUUUCCGCGGUGGGCGCGGGGGCAAAUUAGCCUACCAUGGUGCCAAAACUCGAACAUUCACAGCUGCCUCUGGCAGGGCAGAAGCCACUUCCACGGAUGAGAAAUGGGAGCGAACGCGGCUUGCCAACUCCAUCGACGAGAACAUGGGCUUCGCCCGCUACGAGGCUGGCCGGCCACGGGAAGGGUGGCUAGUGAACGUGCAGCCGACAUCGAUCGAAGACCCGCGCAUACCCGGUGGCGGCGGCCGCGCAGCUCUGGACUGCUACUUCAUCGAGGAGGACGGCGCGACAUUCAAGGCGACCCUUGAAUACGAGCCAUACUUCCUCGUGGCAGUAAGAAAGGGCCAUGAGCCAGAGGUCGAAGAGUGGUGUAAACGAGUGCCAGGGGGCGGUGUCGUGAAGAGCGUGAGGCGUGUGGAAAAAGAGGACCUCAACAUGCCAAACCACCUUCUUGGAUACCGGAGAACGUUCCUGGAGCUGAAGUUUGCGAAUGUCACAGACCUCUUGUCUGCACGGAGGGAUAUCAUGCCAAUAGCGGAGAGGAACAAAAAGGGCAUGGACGCGAUGGACACAUAUGCCGAGGUUGCUGCGACCAACAACGGCAAUUUCGACAUGUUUGACGACGAUACACGAAUUGACGAGAAACGACUCAAUACCUCUAUAACUGAAGCCAGCGAUUUCCUUGUUGAUAUUAGAGAAUACGACGUUCCAUACCACGUUAGAGUAAUGAUAGACAAAGGCAUCCGUGUGGGAAAGUGGUAUUUCGUAGAGGCAAAGCACGGCGUCACAACAGUGGUUUGCAACGAGGAACAUCUGGCCAUGGCGGAUCCUGUUGUGAUGGCCUACGAUAUCGAGACGUGCAAAGCACCCCUGAAAUUCCCCGACGCUGCAGUCGACCAAAUCAUGAUGAUUUCGUACAUGAUAGAUGGCCAGGGGUUCCUCAUCACAAAUCGUGAGGUAGUCUCGGAAGACAUCGCAGACUUUGAGUAUACCCCAAAGCCAGAAUACCCCGGUCCAUUUAUGAUUUUCAAUGAACCAAACGAGAGAGCCGUCCUUGAAAGGUUCUUUGCACACAUCAAAGAGGCACGACCCACGGUGAUUGCGACCUACAACGGUGAUUUCUUCGAUUGGCCCUACGUCGACGCCCGGGCGAGCCUCAACGGAAUCGACAUGUACCACGAGAUUGGCUGGAAGAAGGACAACGAGGACCAGUACAAGUCCAACUACUGUGCGCAUUUGGACUGCUUUCACUGGGUGAAUCGAGACAGCUACCUGCCACAAGGAAGCCGUGGUUUGAAGGCUGUUACGGUAGCGAAGCUCGGAUACGACCCCGAUGAGCUCGAUCCCGAACUGAUGACGCCUUACGCUGCCGAACGGCCACAAACACUCGCUGAGUACUCAGUUUCAGAUGCCGUCGCGACGUACUACCUAUACAUGAAAUACGUCCAUCCCUUCGUCUUCUCGCUGUGCACCAUCAUUCCCUUGGGUCCCGACGACACCGAGCGAAAAGGCACUGGAACACUGUGUGAGAUGCUGUUGAUGGUGCAGGCAUACAAUCACGAGAUUAUCCUUCCAAAUAAGCAUGUGUCGCCCAAAGAGUCAUUUUGGGAGGGCCAUCUACUCGAUUCGGAGACAUACGUUGGUGGCCAUGUCGAGAGUAUCGAGGCCGGUGUGUUCAGGGCAGACAUACCAGUGAACUUUGCCGUGGACACGGGUGCAAUCGACGAGCUCCUCAAGGAUUUGGACAAUGCUUUGGAGUUUGUGAUCACGAUCGAGGAGAAGAAGAAAAUGGAGGAUGUCGAGAACUACGAUGAAGUCAAGGCGCAAAUAGCUUCACGGUUGAUGCAGCUGAAGGAGACACCAAAUCGGAACGAGCGGCCCUUAAUUUACCAUCUGGACGUCGCUUCUAUGUACCCCAACAUCAUGACCACGAAUCGACUGCAACCAGACUCCAUGAUCGACGAGUCGGACUGCGCUGCCUGCGAUUUCAACCGGCCUGGCAAGACGUGCGACAGGAGGUUACCCUGGGCUUGGAGAGGAGAGUACUUGCCAGCAAAACGAGACGAGUACAACAUGAUCAAGCAUGCUUUGGAGAACGAACGAUUUCCUGGGAAGUAUCCCAACUCGCCCAUGCGGACAUUCCAGGAUCUGCCUCCCGGUGACCAAGCAGAUCUCAUUCGGAAGCGCCUGCAGACAUACUCUCAGAAGGUCUACCACAAGAUACACGACUCAACCACCAAAGUCCGAGAAGCCAUCAUUUGCCAGCGCGAAAAUCCUUUCUACAUCGAUACCGUACGUGAUUUUCGAGACCGUCGAUACGACUACAAGGGCAAGGCCAAGCAGUGGAAGGGGAAGACAGAGGCUCUCAAGUCUUCAGGAGCGACCGCAGCCGAGGUUGACGCUGCCAAGAAGAUGAUCAUUCUCUUUGACUCGUUACAGUUGGCCCACAAGGUCAUUCUGAAUUCCUUCUAUGGCUACGUCAUGAGAAAAGGAUCAAGGUGGUACUCCCUGGAGAUGGCUGGUGUUACCUGUCUGACAGGUGCUACCAUCAUUCAAUUGGCACGAGGUCUCGUUGAGCGCCUUGGUCGUCCUCUUGAACUAGACACCGACGGUAUUUGGUGCAUGCUUCCCGCUACCUUUCCCGAGAACUUCGCCUUCAAGUUGAAGAACGGAAAGAAGCUACCGAUUUCGUACCCUUGUGUCAUGUUGAACCACCUUGUCCACGACAAAUUCACGAAUCACCAAUAUCAGACCCUCGUCGACUCCAAGACGUUCAAGUAUGAGACGCACAGCGACAACUCCAUCUUCUUCGAAGUCGACGGCCCAUACAAGGCCAUGGUCUUACCUACCUCAAAAGAGGAGGACAAGAACUUGAAGAAGCGAUAUGCCGUAUUCAACGACGACGGCAGUCUCGCAGAACUGAAAGGUUUCGAGGUGAAGAGAAGAGGAGAGCUGAAGCUCAUCAAGAUCUUUCAGCAGCAAAUUUUUAAAUUCUUCCUGGAGGGCACCACGCUCGCCGAGUGUUAUGCUGCAGUAUCCAAGGUUGCCAACCGCUGGCUAGACGUUCUUCAUAGCAAGGGUACAACGCUGGCGGAUGAGGAGCUGAUGGAUCUCAUUUCAGAGAACCGUAGCAUGUCCAAAACCCUGGAGGAGUACGGCGCGCAGAAGUCCACAUCAAUCACCACCGCCAAGCGUCUUGCGGACUUUUUGGGAGAAGGCAUGGUCAAAGAUAAAGGAUUGAACUGCAAGUUCAUUAUCUGCUCGCGGCCCAAAAAUGCGCCCGUCACCGAGCGAGCCAUUCCUGUCGCGAUUUUCUCUGCUGAACCAGAUGUCAAACGAUUGUUCUUGACUAAGUGGUUCAAAGAGGCCCCCAUCGAUACAGACCCUAGAGCACUGAUUGAUUGGGAUUAUUAUCUGGAGCGUCUCGGCUCAGUGAUUCAGAAGCUCAUCACCAUUCCGGCCGCGCUGCAGAAAAUUCGGAAUCCAGUACCGCGUGUUCCUCAUCCAGACUGGUUGCAAAAGAGGAUCAACAUCAAAGAUGAUCGGAUGAAGCAAAAGAAGCUCACAGAUCUCUUCAGCAGGGAACCACUCAAGGAUGUCACCAAUCUUGCUGACCUAGAAGACUUCGGCACUCAGCUGCUGAAACCAAAGCCAGUCACUGAAAUCGUGGCGGCAACUCAGCAAAAGACACCAGCCGCACAGAAGAGGAAGUCGCCCGAGCCCGAGGAAAACCUCGACCCAUUCGCUGCGCUACCCAAGGUGAUGCCGAAUCCUUCCGAAGACUAUGCUGCGUUCUUGGAAUAUCAGAAGAAAAAGUGGAAGAUCCAGAAGCAAGCUAGAAUACGCCGUCGCCAUCUAUUUGGUGAACGCCGUGCACCAACGAACAACAUCCAGCAGGCGUUCCGCGAUCAGGCCGAGGUAACCUUCCGCAACACAUGGCAGUUGCUACAGCUUAAGCCGACAGAUAGUCCUGGUUUGGUGACAGCGUGUGUGCUCAUCGAUAAUAAGGUCCAUUCCCUCAAGAUCAAGGUGCCGCGCCAAGUGUUCCUGAACCUGAAGGGUAAGGACCUUCCGGAUAUCGACAUUGAAGGCUGUGAAGUUGAACAGGUCAAUCACACGCUUCCCAAUGGUCACCCUUCGGCGCAUCUUUUCAAGUUGACGGUACCCGAGGAUAUCUACUUCGCCCAAGCAGAGAAGUUCUCUCUGUUAUUCAACCACCCCAGUGUAGAGGGUGUGUACGAGAAGCAGGUACCCCUGAACACUCGUGCCGUUCUGCAGUUGGGUAACCUCUGCACCAUCGACGAGAGCAAACCCGGUGUCCUUGGCCAGGGUCUGGAUCAAGGAUUCGAAUUGCCUAGUUUGAUGCGGCCACUCAAGCCAAGAACAUACCUGAGCGGCACCAAAAUGGCAUACAUCUACUUGUCCCACAUCAGCUCCGGCGAACGGCAGAUUUUUGGCAUCUUCUCUAGCACUGGGGAGACUGCUCAUGUGGUGAUACAGCACAAGAACAAAGAAAGUGGCCAAGAUCUUCCCAAUACUAACAAGAUAUACUCCGACCUGCGAGCCAGGCAUGCGAGUGAGGCAGAAGGCUCGAAUUGGGAGGAAUGUUUCCCAUACCAAGAGAAGCUGAACUUUAAGAUCACGCAAGUGACAACGCGGCGAAAGGCUUUCCUCGAGAUUGGUGACGUGGUCAAGAAAAUGAAGAAGGACGAGAUCAAGCCACUCGUUAUGGUCGUUCAGUCUUCGCAGACGAAUCUCCUUGUCCACGACAUCUCGAUCCUGGGUGAGAUGCCUGUUCUGCCGCUCAAAUACAACGUCGAUGAUAGCUCGCUACCUCCACUUGGAUGGCAAACUGUUGUUGCCAGGCGCUUAAUACAUCACUACCUCGGCCUUGGUCCAUGGAUAUUGCACCUCACCGCCCUGGCCAGGUACGCUGAUAUCCCUCUCUGCAAUCUGGAGCGGGAAGACCCACGCUUCUUGAUUGAUGUUGCAUAUGCAAGGCGGCUACAGAACAACAAUGUCGUUUUAUGGUGGUCUGGUGGGCCUCGCCCAGAUCACGCAGGUUACGAGCUGGACGAUGUUGCUGGGCCCCUGGAAAUGGUGCAGAUGCCGUCCGUCAACACGCCAGGGACGUAUUCAUCAGUGUGCAUUGACCUUGAAGUCAAGAACCUCGCCAUCAAUACCAUCCUGACAUCAUCACUUAUCAACGAGCUCGAGGGCGCCGACUCGAUAUCUUUCAACCCCGCUGCGGAUGGUGGAGCCGGUGACGGAACAGAGGUGCUGUCCUCGGACAACGCGUUCGCCAACGCCAGCAUCCAAGUGCUUCGCGAGAUGGUAAAGGGUUGGUGGGCGGAGGCGUGCAAGGGCAACGAUAUGGCAGAUAUCAUGGUUCAGCAUCUCGUCCGUUGGGUUGAAAACCCCGACUCAUUCCUCUACGACCGUGCCCUCCAUUACUACGUCCAAAUGAUGUCGCGCAAGGCGUUCCAACAACUCAUGGCCGACUUCCGCCGUGUCGGGUCUCAAGUCAUCUUCGCCAAUGCGAAUCGGUUGCUACUGCAGACUACCAAAGCCGAGGUGGGCAACGCCUACGCGUACAGCCAGUACAUUCUCAAGUCCAUCAAGGGUAAACCAUUAUUCCACUUCAUCGACCUAGAAAUCAAAGAAUACUGGGACUACCUUGUGUGGUAUGAUGAGUUCAACUACGGCGGCAAGGCGACGCAGACAGUUGUUGAGGCCGCUACGCAGAACCUGGAGACGAUCAUGCACUGGCAGAUGUCGACGUUCCUACCUAUCCGGCUGCAACCCACCUUCGCCGACUGGGUCAUUGAGUUCAUCACCCUCAUGCACAACAUAAAACGGCCGCUCUUUGGAUCUGACCCCACAGCCACGCCGCGCCUGACACAGCUCCCGAAUAAUCGCAACCUAGCCGAAGAUGGCGAAGGCCAGAUCAUCCUUGGCAAGGCCUUCGAGAAGCCCUUAAAGCGCGAUAUCCAGGGCCUACUAAGCACUCAGAAGCGCGAACUUCUCCAUCCAGAGCUUGCGGCCGACUAUUCGUUCCCCAGCCUUCCCGGCAGCCACCUUAACUACAGUCAGAGCAACGCCGUCCUGGAGCUCGUCAAAAUGCUGAUGCAGGUGCUCUCGCUGGAUAAGAACAUCGUCUUCGAGGCACGGCUCCUGCGCAAGGAGCUGCUCGCGCUCUUCGACGUGCGCGAGUUCAGCAAGGAGGGCGGCUUCGUCAACCCGUCUGAGUCCCUCAAGAUCGCGCAGGUCAGCUGCGACAGCUGCACGAUGGCUCGGGAUUUGGACUUCUGCCGCGAGGAAGACCUGCUCCCAGAGGAGCCUGGCGCCGCGACGCUGUGGAAGUGCACCUUCUGCGAGGCCGAGUACAACCGUAACGAGCUCGAGGAGAGGCUUGUAGCCGACGUCGAGGCCAUGGUGGUGGCCUGGACGACACAGGAUCUCAAGUGUCUCAAGUGUGGCGCGUUGCGGGUCAAUGACUUCAUGGAACAUUGUACGUGCUCCGGGAGCUGGGGCGAGAGCGUCCGGAGGGCGGAUCUGGUGGCUCGGCUGCGGGUGUAUCGGAAUGUUGCCAAGUUCUAUGGGCUGAGGAUGCUUGGGGAUGUUGUCAGUGGCUUGUUUGGGGACUUGUGA